AUCAAUUUAAAUUAUAUCUGAUCGACAGAUGACACAAUUUUGCUCGGGUUCAAUUUUGCACACGACACUAUCUAAAAGAUGGCGGACACAACCGGCAAGGUAAUAACAUGUCAGGCUGCAGUGGCUUGGGAAGCCAAGAAGCCCCUCGUCAUAGAAACGGUGGAGGUGGAGCCACCCAGGGCUGGAGAAGUCCGAAUAAAGAUUCUACACACUGGAGUGUGUCAUACAGAUGCCUAUUUACUGGAUGGAUUCGACCCUGAGGGGGCUUUCCCUAUUAUCUUGGGACACGAAGGAGGUGGAGUUGUGGAGAGUGUGGGAGAAGGGGUCACUUCAGUACAACCAGGUGAUCAUGUGGUUCCUCUAUACAUUCCUCAGUGUAGAGAUUGCAAGUUCUGCAAGUCACCAAAGACCAAUCUGUGUGGAAAAAUCAGGGCCACCCAGGGUAAAGGCGUGAUGCCGGACGGAACCUCUCGCUUUAAAUGCAAGGGAAAGACUCUCUUCCAUUUUAUGGGAUGUAGUACCUUCAGUCAGUAUACUGUUGUUGCCGAGAUAUCAGUUACCAAGAUUAAUCCGUCUGCUCCACUGGACAAGGUGUGUCUUCUGGGUUGUGGUAUAUCUACUGGAUACGGAGCAGCUCUUAACACUGCAAAGGUAGAACCUGGAUCCACCUGUGCUAUUUGGGGACUUGGAGCAGUAGGACUUGCUGUUGCUAUGGGUUGUAGGGAAGCUGGUGCUUCUAGAGUUAUAGGCAUUGACAUCAACCCAGAUAAGUUUGAAUUAGGUAAGAAGUUUGGACUUACAGAGGGGGUAAAUCCUAAGGAUUAUGACAAACCUAUCCAGGAGGUGCUGGUAGGCAUGACAGAUGGGGGGCUGGACUUUACGUUCGAGUGUAUCGGAAAUGUGGCGUGCAUGAGAGCGGCCCUGGAGUCCUGUCACAAAGGCUGGGGCGUGUCUACGAUUAUCGGGGUGGCAGCUGCCGGCCAGGAAAUCUCCACCCGCCCGUUCCAGCUGGUCACUGGCCGAGUCUGGAAGGGAACAGCUUUUGGAGGCUGGAAGAGCAGAGACAGUGUUCCUAUGCUGGUGGAGGGUUAUAUGAACAAGAAGGUAAUGGUGGAUGAAUUUGUGUCACACAAUUUCAGCCUGGACAAGAUUAACGAAGCAUUUGAUUUAAUGCAUGCUGGCAAGAGCAUAAGGACUGUUGUUCAGUUGUGACCAGUUUAAACGUUCACUCUCCAAGGAACCAAGCACGAUAGCUCUGACUGAUUCUGUGUGAUUGUGGUUGUUGAUUGUAUACUUGACAUUCUGUUAAUCUGUGAUGCAAAAAUGCUUAAUCCAAAAAUAUUGUGAUGUAUUCAGACGUUAUACAAUGAUGCUUAUGAUAAAUAAAAUGAUGAUAAUGACACAAGUUA